CAUCGAUUUCGUUGGCAGCGAGUAUAAAAUGUUUGACUGAAUGCAUUAUCAUAUGAUUUUAGCUGUGAUAUCGAAAAUGGAAAAGUUUUAUUUAUUGAUACUUUUAAUCGGUGCAUUGGCUACCACGUGCUUGUCGGACACAACAAUUGAAGAGUCGUUUAUGACUAUUGUCAACGAUUGCAAAGCAAAGGAAAAUGCUAAUGACGAUGAUGCUACCGUUGUUAUAAACCACGAAGUGCCCAACAGUCUCACACAAAAAUGUCUCUUUGCUUGCUUUUAUGAAACGCUUGGAGUUAUCAAAGAAAAUCAAAUGUCAAUGGUCUCACUGAAAACGUUGGUUUUGAGCAAAUUUAGCCAAGACGGAAAUGCAAUUACAACAAUUAAUGAACUCAUCGAUGAGUGUGGCGUAAUAACUGGUGAUGAUCGAUGCGAAUUGGCACAUAAUAUUUUGGAAUGCUUAAAUAAUGGUGCAAGCAAGCGUGGCAUUAACAAAAAACAGCUGUAAGAUGACAAUUCCGACUGAUAUGAUCGGUGAACAUUUUUCAAGGGUACUUUUUGAUAGAACUGAUUUUAGCACACUGAAAUAAACGAGCAUGUUUCAAUGAAGAAAUGAACGGAGUUUCAUUUUGUAAUAAGAA